AUGUCGAAGCAACAAUUUCAAGUUCUCGAUUAUUGCGGACCACUUCUCGUCGGAGCCGCAUUCUUCAUCAUUCUCACGUUGCUCACAUUCUGCAUUAAUUUCGCAUUCAUUCGCAGAACAGAUGAGGUGACUGCAUUCGAAAAGCUGGGCGCAAAAUAUAAUCUGCGCGUCGGACCACAUCGGGUUUCGUUGGUCAAGGCUUCAAUGGAAAAGCAUAUCGAUGAAGAUGGCCAUGUUUACUGA